CUCUCAUUCAGUGCAGAGAAGCAAAUAAGCUAAAGAUUGAGAAAGAGUGAAAGAGGAAAAAAAAAAAAAAAAAAAGAAUGGAAGUACCACAAGUACUACACAUGAAUGGAGGUGUUGGAGAAGCAAGCUAUGCAACCAACUCCUUAGUUCAGGAACAAGUGAUUUCUUUGACAAAGGCCAUUAGAGAAGAAGCCGCAAUUAGUCUCUAUUGCAAUUCAUACCCAAGAAGCCUAGCAAUUGCGGAUUUGGGUUGCUCUUCUGGACCAAACACUUUAUUGGUGGUAUCUGAAUUUAUCAAGGUUAUAGAAAAGCUUUGCCGAGAAUUGAAUUAUGAUUCUCCCGAAUACAAGGUCUUCUUGAAUGAUUUACCGGGUAAUGACUUCAACACCAUUUUUAGGUCUCUCGAUAGAUUCAAAGAGAGUCUGAACGGUCAAACAAAAACUAAAACGGGUCCAUGUUAUAUAUCUGGAGUUCCUGGUUCUUUCUAUGGGAGAAUUUUUCCUAAUCGAAGUUUGCAUUUCGUUCAUUCAUCUUACGGCCUUCAGUGGCUAUCGAAGGUUCCUGAGAAUGUAAACAACAAUAAGGGCAACAUUUACAUGUCUCCUACAAGCCCCUCAAAUGUACUUACUGCUUACUACAACCAAUUUCAAAGAGAUUUUUCUCUUUUUCUCAAGUGUCGUGCAGAGGAAAUAGUUGAAGGGGGUCGCAUGAUGCUAACAUUUUUAGGAAGAGAAAGUGACAUUAUGUAUAGCAAGGAAUGUUGCUACAUUUGGGAGCUUAUGGCUAUGGCUCUUAAUGAUAUGGUCUUGGAGGGAAUCAUAAAAGAAGAACAACUUGAUACUUUCAACAUCCCUCAAUAUACACCAUCUCCAUCAGAAGUGAAAUUGGAAGUUCUCAAAGAAGGAUCAUUUUCCAUUGAUCAAUUGGGUGUUUCUGAAGUGAAUUGGAAUGCUCUUGACAAUUGGAAUGCUUUUGAAUGUGAGUCUCAAAUGUCUGAAUCACAUAGUGAUGGUCCAUAUAAUGUCACACAAUGCAUGAGAGCUGUUUCUGAACCUUUGCUGAUUGAUCACUUUGGUGAGUCUAUUAUUGAAGAGCUUUUCAACCGAUAUCAAAAAAUCUUAAUUGAUCGGAUGUCCAAGGAGAAAACUAAGUUUUUCAAUGUCACCAUAUUAUUGACUAGAAAAUCGUAAGAGGAAAAAAAAAAAAAAAGUAUUUAUGGUUUAUAAACGUCAUUCGCACAAAAAUAUUUAGAAAGGUUGUUGUGUGGUUAGUUUGUUUUUGUUGUCUGUUCUAUUUGCUGGCAAUUAAUUAUUUGUAAUAUGUCCUUGUUCUAAGUUGUAUAAUUAAAUUAUGGAAGAUGUAAUACAGUGUCGUGGGACACAUAUGAUAAUAUUUUCAAUGUUAUAUUACAUAUUUAGAUAAA